CGCCACUAUGUGGGAUGUGAUCUGGACGGACCCUGAUAAAGAACUGGUGGGAGAACACAGAGCUCGAAAGGAGAAGAGGGAAACGCCUCAAAAGGAGCCAAAGAGUCGGCCGAGGCGACGCUCGGCAUCCACAGCCAGCUCGCGCUGGUCGACUGACUCUCCGUUUGCCAUCUUUCGCAACAGAGGCGCAAAGAAGACAAACACAUCGUCAUCAGAUGCGCAGAUGAUGUCGCCUGCGUCGUCAGGACUCGAAUCACCGGCCUUGCUCUCUCCCGAUCGCUCGCCCGUUGCAAAGAUGUUUGACCAGGGGAGCCGUCGAAGUUCCAGCCGCAUAUCCACCAGCUUCCUCGACCGGCUCGUCAGCAUCGACAGCCCCUUGAACACGAGCCCGCUGAUUCCGGAGACGAGCGCAAGGCUGCCUCUGCAUCUCGCGAGUGACGACGAUUCACUCGUGCCGGUUGACCGCGUCUCGAACGAUGACUUGACAGAGUCCGAGAAGAUGAAGAGCCUGAUGCAGAUAUUCGGGCAAAGCCCGCAGACGGCCAAACCAGCUGCCGUCGCUCCUGACACUUCUGUCAACAGGCCACUGACACCGCCUUUGACAGCCGACAACUUGAAGACCUCUCCCUCCUAUUCGUCAACAUCGUCACCAACGGCCAAACCACCCUCCGGCUCGCCGGUCGCUCCCAUCCCCUCAACUAACCCUCUCCAAAUGGAGGAACUGGGCACCGAAAUGGCCAUCACGCCUAAUAAUCCCGAGGCAUGGAGGCCUCUCGAUGACUGGGAGCCACGGCCUCUUCUGGAGGAAUCACCCGAGCCGACGUUUGAGCCGGGUGAUCCCAACCAGCUACCCAAGGACGGCAUCGGCAUCAACAAGAACUUUUGCUGGCUCCGCGCCGCAGUCGUCGAGAUGGCAGACACGAAUGUGCCCGAAAUCCUCUCUCGACUGGAGACAAUAUGGAAGGGCGUUGCAAAGAAAGACGUUGCUUUCCUUCUGGGAGACAGCCCCGAGGUCGAGGAAUUGCGGAGGUGGAUGCUCUCAACCAUGAUCCACAUGGACAAAGUCCCGACGACAGAUGGACAAUGGCUGCCUCGUAGAGUGUCUCCCCUAACGGCUCGCAUGACCAUCUCCCUCUACGACUCAGCAGCCACUGUCGCCUAUCUGGCCGCGCUUGAACCCACGAAACAGAUAUAUCACGUAUCGCAGCUGUCUAUACCGCGAGACGAGCUGUUUGCCAAUGUCCGGGUGAUUUCAGUCUCCCAGGUCUCUCCCACAGACUUCCCAGUAGCGCCUCGAAUAUACGAAUCAGUUCACUCUCUGACGCUGCCGUCUCUGUGUCCCGCCGCGCAGCUACCUGGGAUACUCGGCAACGUCUACAAGUGUCUCAAGAAGAAGGGCUUCCUGCGGUUGGUGAUUAUCGACCCACUUCCUCGCGCGGGCACCAUGGGUAGGAACAUGAAGGCGUGGCUCGAGGAACACCUUCUUCGGAACCUGGCAAAGCAGGGCAAAUGCCUGAGUCCCAGCACAGCCUUUCCUCCUCUGCUCGCCGAGGCUCGUCUGCGCGGGGAGGGAAGCACUCUGACGACGACCAAGUUUUACGCCGUGCCCGAGAGCGCAACCGAGUAUCUAGAUAAGGUCAAGGAUGCGAUACAAGCAGAGAACGAAGAGAAGGCCCAGGUUAGGAGUCUGAUCGGACGGAUGCUCUGGGCCGAAGCGUGGGGUCGGCAUGUCACUGGUAACAAAUGGUGGUGGGAUGACCCGGCCUGCGUCGCCGAGUGCCUGGAGAUGGGCACGUUUUGGGAAUACCACACGGUUAAAGGGGUCAAGGAGGUUGAUGAAGCCAGCAAGGCAGCAUGA